UUUUUUUUUAUUUCUUUUCUCCAAAUGAUUUACUCAUGAAACCUGUGACGUUCGUAAAAGGUACUUUUAAGAAACAAGAUCAGGAAGAAGAAGAAACAUUAUUAUCACAGGAACAAGAUGGAAGAUUAGGAGCUCAAGUAGCCAAUAUUUAUCAAUCUAUAAUUACACCAACGACUACCGCAGCAGCCAUCCAGACACAAAAGCAAUCGAUUGAAGAAAAAGUAAAAAAGGAUAGGCGAAUGAAGACGAUAUAUUGUGAAAGCUGUGAUAUGGAAGUACGGGAUCCAAAACAUUUCAGUGGCACAGCUCAUCUUGUCAGUAUACAAAGCUCACCACCAUCACAAUCCAUCUCACCGUCUACCAAAGGAGCAACAUUGACCCGACUACAACUGGAACAUGGACAAACACGGGCACUACAACUAAUGGAGAAACAAGGCUGGCGACAGGGACAAGGAUUGGGUAAAACAAAUCAAGGACAACCGUAUCCAGUAACGACCAUUUACAAACAUGAUCGACUUGGGAUUGGACAUCCUCGAACAGAUCGCCGGCGAAUUACUCAUCCUUCUGUCACUUCACAAAUUGGAAAGAACAAGACAUUGAUAAAAGGGAAACAAUUGGUGGCGGAUGCAAAGGCUGAGGCUACGUUACGAUCUGCCAUGCUUCAUUAUAUGAAUCAUUGAAGUCAAAGUUGGACUAUGAUAUGGAUAGAUAACUUUAGUUAGAUUAGUCUUUUUAUACCCCCUCCUGAUAUAAUAUUUAGAUAAUUAUGUACUUACAAUAAAAUGAGUUUAUUAGAUUUAGUUUUAAUUCUUGUAUGAGAAAUGACUGUCCUAAUGCCUAAAGUGUGGGUAAAUGAGUG